GCCACCUUCAACUGGGGCGCCUGUCUCGGCUACUCAGCUGUGGCUGGCCAGCUCGACUGGGUCUGCGUCCCUUUGUAUGCCGCCGGAGUGUUCUGGACACUGAUCUACGAUACAAUUUACGCCCAUCAGGUCGGUGCCUUCUUCAUCUAUAAAUUGAUAGAAAAGAUCCUUUAA